CGUUGUUGUCGUGUCAAUUGUCUCUUUUCUUUCCGUCCGUUGCCGCCCCCGUCCGUCCAGUCUUCCUUGGUGUCCCCGGCUACUUAGGUACUUACUGCGUGGACUCCAGUCGUCCAUCCACACGCAUUGGCAUUGCAUCCUGUCGCCGCCGCUGUCCAACCCACAUGCUUCCGUUUCGUGGUCGACGGUCUUCGUUGUCGGUCUCUUCAGCUUAGAGGUCGGUACAGUACCAUGAACAAAGCACACCAAAAGCAAACAUAAUUUCGACCCGUCGUCACCCCAACCCAGCACUCUCCCCCUCGCAAUUGACAACGGGGUCACCUCAGAUCUCCCCCAUUCGUUGCGGCACUAAAAAAGCGACGGGGACCUCGAUCCAUCCCUCCACUAAAACGAAAGAUAGACUACUAUCGCUGCUCUUCAUUCCGGCCUAACCCCCCCCGUUUCCCGAGACUCGUUCCAAGGCCUGGCUGGUUGAGCCUGGAGCUUCUUCCGCUUGUCCCCGCUUCCUCCAAAGUCCUCGCUCGUGUCUUUCAGUAGUCGAGUGCUCACCACUAUUCUCUCUGGCUCUGUCCUUUUCAUCUUUCACGUCCACGAAACCCCAAGAAACUCGAGUCGAAUCGACCACAACAACAACGACGACAACGACGACCACACCACCACCAGCUGCCGUCCACCACACUCAAUCGAGUUUCGCAAGCUUCACAUCCUCGCUGGCCAAUCGCUUCUCACCGCAUUCCGCCAUCGAUACCAAAUAACAUUUGUUAGUCGUCGCAUACGAUAGGCCCCAAGAUCCAGGGUCCAGAUUUUGCGUGUGUUCACGAAGCGCGCAAAGUCAACCGCCACCUCAGACAGAUAGACAACCGUACCCGCCAGUCCACCGCGGUGGUCUCGACCAACGGUCAUCCUCUACUUUCGAUCCGACCUCGCCAUUCGCUGCGGCCAGUCCGUACCGUGCGUGACGUAGACAAACAGAAAAGAGGAUUUCAGCCAGCACACUCCACCCACACGGAUUGCGUGUUCAGGAACGAAGAGACGGAAUAUCGCCGCUUCGAACCCGAAAGAACAAAGAGACCAACCUCGGGCCGUCUGCCGUUCCAAAACUUCUUCGUGCGCUGCUGCUUGGACUCGACUAGUGCCAAGACCUGAAACCCGAAUAAUCAUUAAUCUUGGGUUCCCACUUGGCGACUUGUGACAGACCCACCAAGCCAAGCACACCACCAGGCACACGCAACAACUUCCAACUAUCAGCAGCCCUCUCAGCUGUCCCCGGCAUGGACUGUGUCGCCUGAAGAUUCUGUUCGAUUUUUUUAUAUACUUUGCAAAGAAGGGUACCUAGUCAGCCGCGUUUGUCAUCGCACCUAGAGUAGCUGUCGGCAGGGCGGGAUGGGAAACAGCCAGGGAAAGCCCGUCGAUCUUGACGGCGAAGUGAACCUGAACCACUUCCGUCUCCUGCGAGUAGUCGGUCGAGGUGCCUUUGGCAAGGUGCGCAUUGUCGAGCGAAAAGAUACCGGUCUGACAUUCGCCCUAAAAUACAUUAGAAAAGAUGAAGUUGUACGGUCUGAGAGUGUCAGAAAUAUCAUUCGAGAACGGCGAAUGCUCGAACAUGUCAACCACCCCUUUAUCUGCAACUUGCGAUACAGCUUUCAGGAUAUCGAGUACAUGUACUUGGUUGUUGACCUCAUGAGCGGCGGUGAUUUACGUUUCCACAUCUCGAGAAAGACCUUUACCGAAGCCGCGGUAAGGUUUUGGAUUGCAGAGCUCGGCUGUGCCUUGCGCUACAUCCACGGGCAAAACAUCAUCCACAGAGACGUCAAGCCCGACAACGUGCUUCUCGAUGCUGAUGGCCAUGUCCAUUUGACUGACUUUAAUGUUGCUUCGGACAUUGUGCCAGGAAGGACAUUAACGAGCAAGUCCGGUACCUUGGCAUACCUUGCCCCAGAAGUCUAUGCUGGCAAAGGCUACGAUGUCCGUGCUGAUUGGUGGUCGUUGGGUGUUUUGUUCUAUGAGUGCAUAUAUAACAAGAGGCCAUUCGAGGGCAACUCCGAACAGUCACUCAGCCAGACUAUCCAAGCCGCCAACCCCAGAUUCCCCGUAACACAGCCUCCAGUCCAGUUGAGCUGUAUGUACGCCAUAAAGGACGCUUUGGAGUUCAACCCCGAUAAGCGUCUGGGUCACACCUGGGAGAGCUUCAUUUACCACGAGUUCUUCUCUGGUAUCGACUUUGACGCCCUAGAGAGGAAGCAAGUAGAGCCCGUGUUCGUCCCGUCAUCAGAGAAGACAAACUUUGAUGCCACAUACGAUUUGGAGGAACUUCUACUGGAAGAAGCACCACUAGAAGCUCGUGCAAGAAGGCAGAAGCCGCGCGAGAAGCUAAAGGAUGACGCCACAGAGAAGGAGAUCCGUGAAGAAGAACUCUACCGGAUGAUUGAGACCGACUUCCGUCCCUUCGAUUACACAUUGGCUGCCUACAAGAAAAUUACCGAAGGACAAGCCGAGACACCCGACGGCCAGCCUACCCCCGUGACAGACGAAAACGCCCGCCCGGCACAAGCCCUUACAACAGACGAAGCGACACAGAUGACCUCGCACGCGCCGUCGCACGCGCAUUCGCACUCACAAGCGGUGCAAACCCACCACCCCAACGGCAGCCACUCCUCCUUCCAACACGCCAACGUGCCCAACGGGCAAGUGGCUCACAACCCAAACAUACCCGAGCGAAGCAACUCGAUGCCCAAAAACUCUGAACGAAACGUUCCUGAGAGAAGUAACUCGAUGCCAAAGAAUUCCGACCGAAACGUCCCCGAACGAAGCAACUCGAUUCCCAAGAAUCCCGAACGAAGCAACUCGAUUCAAAGCGCCCACUCCCAUUCCCAUGGCUACAACGCCUACGACUCGCAACGGGCCGCCGUUGGUCCCCGACCUACCAGUUCGCACCGCCCAGGCCGCAGCGGCGGCGUCCCGGCUAGCCGCCCUCCACCAUUACCUCCUUACCCGCAGUCCUACACCACCCCGGUUCGUCAGGGCCGGGGCAACGGAUCGUCGUCGUUGAUGGUGGGGAGUCCGACGGGGGGUGUGCAGGUAACACUGGAUGGAGGGGGUAGCUGGAGCGAUUUGGCCAGGCAAGAUGCCACGCUGCCGACGGAUGCGGCGGCUGCACUCGGUGGGGGCGCUGGUGGGAAAGACAGUGGAGGUGGAGGCAUUUUUGGAUUGUUCAGAGGAAAGAAGGGGAGGGGGAGCAGUCCCAAACCGAAAGAGAGGGGAGUGCUGGGUAAGGAAGGGGCUAGGGUUGUUGUUGGUUAAAUAAAUCGAAGGGGGGAGAGAGGAGACAAAUGGAAAAAGAAGGAGGAGGAUAUCAUGGCCAUAUAUAACGAAACUACAAAGGAGGACCUCCAACAACAACAAGAAGAAGUCUAGGAGGAGGAUAUCUCAGGGGUAUUAUUGGGUGCAUACAUCAUCGUCUUUCCACAUUUGUCCAUGUCAUACAUAUCAUCAUCAUCAUCAUCAUCAUCCAUCAGCGCCAUGUUGAAGGGAGUUGGCUCAUUGGGAAGAGUUGGUUCACGGGCGCAAACGGGAGGGUGGGGUUGGUGUUGGUUUGGGGGGAUUUUAGAAAUGAGGCAUCAGAGAAAGCCGUCACCAAUGUUUUGUCGAAACACGGUAUAAUCAAAUCCAUAAAAGAUACUGGAACUUUGUUUCGAGCUGCUCUGUUCUCUUGGUUUUAGUCUGUGUUGAAGAUUAUGCUGUGGUAAUUGUGUUUGGAUUUUACUUAUCCGUUUAGGUACUUUUUUUUUGGCGUUGUCUUGGUUCGUUGUUUACGAGACCUUUUUUUCGAUACCCACCCACCUAGAUAAAGAAUAAUAUUGUUG